UGCUUCGUUAGAAAAAGGACUAAUCGUUAACGACGUAACAUGUUGUAGUUGUAUAAUAUAGUGAUGGAUGUAAGCGACGAUCAAUAACAACAGAUAUGGCAGCUCCCCAGGAUAGUUGUAUGUCUGGGAAAGAUAACACUGCCGACAUUCAUUCUAAUACAAAAGAAACUUUCAAGGAUCCAUUAACUAGUGCUUUGGAUAAAGACAGUGAAGAUGAGCUUGAAAGCCUGGAUUUAGAUACGUCGUCAAAGUCUGAAAUGACUGUGUCUUGUAGUUCAAGUCUAAUAGCCAACUUCAAAUUGGAUGAUGACUUUGAUUCAGAAACUAGGGAUUUAUUUGUCAUGGUUGAUAAUCCCGAGAAACACACAAGUACCUUGGAAUCCUAUAUAACAUUCCGGAUUAACACUAAAACUACAAGGGAGGAAUUUGAUACACAUGAAUACUGUGUGAGGCGUAGAUACAAUGACUUUGUAUGGUUACGUCAGAGAUUGGAAGAUGGUUAUCCGACACAUUUGGUGCCUCCUCUGCCUGCUAAACACAGCCUACGGCGUUUGGACCGUUUCAGUUCUGAGUUUCUACGAGUUCGACAACAAGCAUUACAGAAAUUCCUCACCCGAAUCGCUGAUCAUCCAGUCCUGUCCUUUGAUAAACAUUUUCAUGUAUUUCUCACUGCUAAAGCUUGGGAAUUCAAUGCCCAUAAAAAGAAAGGACAAGGUUUGAUCAGCCGAGUCACCAACUCACUUCACAACAUAAGUGCUUCAUACAUGAUGAAAAACCGGCCUCCUGAGUUUGCAGCGAUGCACGACUAUGUGCAAUCUUUUGGUGAUAAACUUGCAUCAGUAGAUAGGAUUACUCAGCGAAUACUCAGAGAACAGAGUGAAUAUGUAGAAGAAUUGAAUGAUUGGAGUCCAGUAUACACACUUUGGUCUAAUUCUGAAGAUAAACUGACACCAGCUCUUCUUACAAUGUCCAGAGCAAUUGAAGCAAAUUGUGUGGCUAUUAAAGAAUCUAUUGAUGAAAUUGAAGAAUCAUUUUGCCAACCCCUCAAAGAAUAUAUGUUAUAUACUGAAGCUGUAAAGACAGUUUUACGUCGUCGUGAUGCUAUCCAAGCAGAAUAUGAUUGGACUAUAGAUGAACUUGACAAAAAAAAAGAUGAAAGAGAACAGUUAAAAGUCUCAGACCAGUCCUUCUCUCUGGGAGCAUUUUUAGGCAAGGAUCCAGAUGAUGUCAAACAGCAAAAACAGAUCAAGCUGGAAAAAAAUAUUCAUGAGCUUACUCAAAAUGUGGAAAUUCUCAAUGACAAAUCUGCCUGUGCUAAUGCUGAUCUGAAGGCUGAUAUGGAGCGCUGGCAUAAGACCAAACAUAGGGACUUGAGAGAAAUUUUCGUUGCUCUUGCAGACAAGCAAGUUGAACGGUAUGAAAAGUGUCUCCAUGCCUGGGAAGAUGCCAUCCGUAGAAUUCAAGCCAACACUGAUAUUACGAAACCUACUUGUGAUGAGAUUCAGACCAUUGCUGAAGUAAGUGAUUCCAUAUCUCCCCAGUUGACCCCUUCUCACGUGAUGUCAGUGGACACCGAUGGCGAUACAGGUGCUGAGGCAGCGUGUGUUGAUGCUGAUGCCGAUGGGGAUCACCCAGCCGUUCCUCCGCUUCCUCCCAAAGAUGUCUUCGAAGGAAGUGCGAAAGGAGACGGGGGGGACACCUCCACUGCCAACAACACCGGCAACAACAACAACAACAACAACAGGAGCAGUACAUGAAAGCCAAAUGAAGUGGGGAAAUAAAGAAUCACUCCUCUCUUUUACUAUUUAAAUUAUUCCACAAUGAUUAUCUCCAUUUCAUUCCCACCCACCCCUAUUUUUCUCUGAUCCUAUGAAAGGGUCGAUAACUUCUCAGGUGGUCCCUGUUCUCUUACAUAUAUUAAAAAAGACCCCUAGGGACCUACAGCAGCUGUUGAUGAUGAAAUUGAUGCAAUAUAAUCGACCAUUCAUAGAGCAGAGACUGAAAUAUAUUAUUUUAGAAGUCCUAACUCAUCACCAUCAUCAUUAUCAUCUACAUCAUCACUUUCAUCAUCAUCAUUAUAAUCAUUAUCUCUAUCAUCUGAUCUGUUCAGUAUACACCAUGAUCUCAUUUCAAUAUGGCUUCAGUUACCACAUGUCAAAGGUGUAUUUGUGUGUGAGUGCAAUUAUAACUGCAGUCUGAUGUACACAGUUGUUUAAUUAUGUGGUUGUGUAGCACAUAAGAUGUAUUAUCAUCUCUGUUCUCUUUCUCUCACUGAUAAUUAUAGUUGUGUAGUUGUGGUGAGCACGUGUGUGUGCUACACACUUUAUGCAUUGUUAAACACAGUAAGAUGAGAUAUAUUUAUUUGCGAUUUUUUUUUUUCUUAUUGUAUGGAAAGAAGGGCAUUUAUCCAUACUCCCAAAGAAGGGCAUUUCAUAUCAGAGAUAAAAUGGAAUUUUUUUUUUUUGUAGAUUGAAGUUUGGGAAAAUUGGAGGUUAGUGCAUGAACAGAAAGAGUGAGUGCGAUAAUGAUAGAGAAAGUUCUAUUGGACAGAGGCAUCAGUCUUUUGAACAAAGGACCAUAUGCAGAGAGUUUUAAUGCAGGGUAUGGAGACAUAGAAAGAAAUGAUAGGCUGUUCUCUCUUUCUCCUCUCCAAAGUCUCUAUAGUUAUAGGUGCUGAUGCCCUAAAGAUGCUAUCAGAUAAUUACCCCCUUUUUCAAAAAGUUAGUUUCAUUUGUCAAAUCAAGUUUUUGCUGAUGUUGUAUCUUAUUUAUUACAAUUCAAUAUUGUUCAGAGUUGGAUCAAAUGCUGUGGAGGCCCGAGGCCAGUGGAUGGGAGACUUAAAAAAAAAACAAAACAAAAUCUGUUGCCUGGUUUAACACUACCACUAGUCCCUGGGGCAUUUAGCAGUGUCCACCUUGUUACAAAAGUUUAGGCCAGAUCUCAAACCAGCUACUUCUACUCUUCCUAGCAGUCUGAGAGAUUGUAAGAAGCGUGUCAAUAGAUGUCUGCCCUUCUUCCUCUAAGUUCUUUAAAGUUCACAUUCCACUUUCAAAUAACAGUUGUAGUCAUUUUACUUUAGUUAAGUUGCUUAGUGCCUCAUGGAAAAGGCAUAAAUGUCACAACAUCCUGUUUACUUUUAUCUUAUAUAAAUUUUAGGUUUUGUGCUUUGUCAAAAGGAAUGAACAGUGUUUAGUGUUGGGCUGUAUACUUUAGUCUAUCUAGUUUCAUAUUUCACUGUUGACUUUUUCUGCUAGGUCCACCAUUCUUAUCAUCUACCUGUCCUACUGGAGUUGACCUUUCCUGCUGACCUGUUGCUCUGUUGAGGUCAAUCUUUCUUAUCUUCCCCUUACUUGACAGACAGUGACUCUUGCUGUUAUCUCACUACCUUAUUACUGUUAACCUUGAUGUCAAUGAGGCAAAUAUCAAUGAUUUAAGGAAGUUGUUAUCUACCCACCCUCUUACAAAGUGCAGUCCUACACUUCGUAAGAAAUGGAAUCUUUUUAAUGUUACUGCCAUUAGGACUAGUUGAUCACCAAGGGUAUAUAACCAUCUGGUUAUUUAUAUAUAUAUAU